UCUGAGUUAGGAGGUUAAUCUGUGAACGGAUGUUGGUAUGGUCCAAGGAAAAAAAAUUCUUGUGACUGGAGGAGGAGGAUAUUUUGGCCACAAGCUGGGGAAUGAGCUGAAGAAGUUGGGAGCAGUGGUUGUAUUGUUUGACAUCUCGUGGCCGUUGGAUGAUGUUGUGUACGAGCAAAUGGAGUGUUUUCAGGGGGAUAUAACAAGUAAAGAAGAUGUAAGAAAGAUAUUUAUCAGUCAUCAGAUUGAUGUGGUUUUUCAUAGUGCAUCAUAUGGAAUGUCUGGAAGAGAGCAAUUACGUAGAGAACAAAUAGAGAAGGUCAACAUUCUAGGAACAAAAAAUGUCAUUGAAGCCUGCCGUCAGCAUAAUGUGGCUCAUCUUGUCUAUACAAGUACAUACAAUGUGGUUUUUGGAGGACAGGUUAUCAGAAAUGGAGAUGAGACUUUGCCAUAUUUACCUCUAGAAAAGCAUCCUGACCAUUAUUCCAGAACAAAGUCCAUAGCAGAGCAAACUGUUUUGAAUGCUAAUGGUUUACUAUUAAAAGAUGGGAAAAUUCUCAAGACCUGUGCUUUAAGACCAGCUGGUAUCUACGGAGAAGGAGAAUUGAGACAUUUACCCAGAAUUGUGUCAUAUAUUGAGAGAGGCCUUUUUGCCUUCACUUAUGGCCAAGAUGACUCUAUUGUUGACUUUGUUCAUGUAAAUAAUCUGGUUCAAGCUCACAUUUUGGCAGGAAAAACUCUUAUGGAGGCAGAUUCCAUAGCUGCUGGUGAAGCGUAUUUUAUUUCAGAUGACUCCCCCGUAAACAAUUUUGAGUUCUUCAGACCUUUGGUUGAAGGUUUGGGAUACAAAUUUCCCAAAUUAAAGUUGCCAAUAACUCUUGUAUAUAUGGUUGCAUUUUUAACAGAACUGGUUCACUCAGUGAUUGGAAGAUAUAUUUAUAACUUUCAGCCGCUCCUCACAAGAACAGAGGUUUACAAGACAGCAGUCACUCAUUACUUUAGUAUGAAGAAAGCUUGCAGUCAUCUUGGUUACAGUCCUCAGAAAUAUUCCCUUGAAGGAGUGAUUGAACAUUUUAAAAAAAAUGGCCAUGGAAGACACAGGCGUCCCUCACGUCUCCUUUACCACAUAGUUAACAUUGUUAUAGGAAUUAUGUUUGCAUGUUUACUUCUAGCCUGGUUACCCAGAGUAGACACUUCCAUAAUCAAUUCUUAUUAUCUUACUACUUUUUAAGGUUGAUAUAAGCUCUUUUGGAAAUUCAAAUGGCUUAAAUAGUAGUAAUAAUAUAAAUAAUGGAAAAAAAAUUUUGAUCAUGAGUUCAUCAUCAGUGGGUGGGGUACUUUAUGAAUUACAGAAUAAUUGGUAGACUCUGUGAUAGCUUGUAGGGAAGCCCUGAUAUCCCUUUCCAUCAUUCUCUCCAAUACCUUUUAAUGUAAACUAUUACUAGCUACCAUAUAGCUAACUUUACUAUAAAUUAUAACUGCAAAAAGUAAGUAAAAGUAGAGUACUAAGAUAAGAAAACAGCACCCAUUUGACAUGCAGGUGGAAGAAGUCUUUCCCCCUCAAGGUAACUGAGUUUUAAUGUGUAACACUCAUGUUUUCUGAGAGAGAGAAAAAAAAAACCAGCCUUUUUAUGGCAUGUAAUCAUUCUUUAAAAAAAAAAAAAUCAGUUUUCUUAGUUGA